GAAACAACGGCGGCAGCUCGAUUUGAAGAACACUUUUACCAUGUUGUCUUGAGAAAAGGCUCCCCAGCCUAAUCCACUUCCGGUACCAGGAUCUUGUUGGCUUGAAUUUGAAGCCCAGCCCGAUGAUGAGUGACCCAUGUACUGGUACUUGUGCAGGCCUGGAGCCUCUUCACUUGCUUCGCAUCCUGCAAGCACACUGGACAAAGAAGGAGAUUCAUGAGCUCUCGGAAGAAGCAAGGCGAGGAUUUGCAUCCCUCACCGAUCCAGUGGAGGGUCUCCUGGUGAUGCUGGAGAACUGCAAUGACUGGAGAAAGGGAAAGAAACAGUCCCUGGCACAUUUCCUCAUUGGCCAGUUUAAUAGUUGGAUAAAAGAGAAUGCAAAAGUUCAGCAGCCAUGUCAAAAGCGAAACAUGCUGCAGCCCAGAAUCAUCUCUUUGUUCACCGUGGUUCCAACCAACUUGUUUGACCAGCUGAUUUCCCUGUUUGAAAUGGAUAUAGCUGACACGUCCUCCCUGCUCAGUCUGAUCAAGAUUCUGUGCAUCAAGAGCAAGUAUAAGGAGGCUGUGCUACUGAGCAUAAAACUGAAUCUGCAGUCGCAGCUGAACAUAGAGGAGAUGUGUAUUCCCCUGCUCCUUCAGGAUGAUAUGAGCCUGGUGGAGGCAUACGUAGAUGACUAUCCAGAGCUACAGAAUCGUUUGCUACAAGUGCUGGACUCGUUGUGCCACCCAUCUGACAGCACAGGAAACACACAAAGGCACGAUGGAAAGCUAUCACGUUUGAGGUGUGACAAAAUAAAUUAUAAGGUCUUGAGUAAACUGGUGUUCAGACUAAUGGAACUUUACGGCCUUGGCACAGAGCUCUGCCCGAAUGUGGUGAACCAACAUUGUUUGGCUUCUAUCAAAUACCUCUUGUAUAAGCACUUUGUGGAGCAGGGUAUGACUGAAGAGAUUUGGUCUGAACACACUGAGGCUUUGAUUGGACAGAACACCUGGCUGCAGGGCCAGUUUUUGACCUUGCUGGCAAGAUACACGGAUAUGGAUACAGUGGCUCACUGGGCCUUGAGGUUAAAUGUGCCACAAGAGAAAUUAUCGCGACAUGUCGCUGAAUGGAUCAAGCAGCUGGAAAAAGACAAAGAUUACAGAGUUGGUUUAAAGAACAGUCCCAAAGAGGAAAGUCUCUGGGAGAAAGAGAGAAAGGGGAACUUCUACCAGCUACCAAUUCCCACCGAGAGUAUUCACAUCGUGGAGCACCUGGAUCAGUUAAAGAGUUGUGCAGCUCAGGUUCUGCAGGCCGGUGGUGUUGUGGGCAUUGACAUGGAAUGGAGGCCCACAUUUACGGCGUGGUCCAAAGCCCGGGUGUCUAUCCUGCAGAUUGCUUUGAAGGAUCGUGUCUACCUCCUGGACCUGCCUCAGCUGGUGAAGGAGUCAGAAUCUCCAGGCCGGGAACUUGAGUUUGCGCAGUUCAUACAGUCUUUAUUCAGUAGCAGAACUAUAACUAAGCUAGGUUAUGCUAUGGCGGGGGAUCUACGUUCUUUGUGUACAUCUUACUCUGUUUUGAAGGAUGUGGUGCAGAUCACGGCUGGCAUUGUAGACUUCCUAAAUGUGCAUAAAGAGUUGCAUAGAGCGCCAGUUCACAGACAGGAUUGCAGGGGAGCGGAGGAUGUGCUUGUGUCAGUUGAGAACGGAUUGGACUCUGGCUGCAGACAGCGGGAGAAGGGACUCAGUCUCCUUGUGCAGUAUGUGUUGGGGAAACCACUGGAUAAAACAGAGCAGUUAUCCAACUGGGAGAAACGGCCUCUCCGGCUCAAGCAGAUCAUUUACGCAGCGGCCGAUGCCUACUGCCUGCUGGAUCUUUAUGAUGCCUUGUAUCAGGACAUGCAGCAUUUUGGACUGAGCUACAGCCUCGAAAACUGCUUGAAGUCGAAAGGGGAGAAGAGAAGAAAGGAAAAUAAGCCAAAGAAAAACAAGAGCUGCAUGGCCACCCCCGACCAGGACACUCAAUCAGCACAGGAGCAGAUACCACCGUCCUCCCCAGUGUCACCUGCAGAUUUCAGAGUCAUCUGUGACAACAUGUUGCAGGGCCUUGGCCGAUACCUUCGCUGUGUUGGAGUUGAUGUGAAGAUUCUAGCAAAUGAAGAUGAUCACAGGGUUGCUGCUGAGAUUGCUCGUGAAGAAAACAGAGUUAUCCUGACCUGUGGUUUACCUUAUCAGACGCUGCGAUCCCAGGUGGGAGAAGGCCGAUGCCUCUCUGUGAAUUGCUCGGAGAAAGCCAAGAACCAGGCCAUUAAUGUGUUGAGACACUUCAAUGUGCAAGUCACCCCCAGAGACAUCUUCAGCCGUUGUCAGGUCUGCAAUGGGUCUGAGUAUCUGAAGCUGUCGGUUGAAGAUAUGGUACAAGCCGUGAAGUUAAGCACUGCCUCGGGAAAGACAGAGAGUUCAGAUCCUCCAUCCACUGGGAGUAUUAAAUUCUCCAGUCAAGGUAAACACAAGGUGCAUUCACAGACUAAUCCUGGUUGUCCUGGUGUCUCCUCCUAUUCCCCCAAUUGUCACUGGGCAGAGAGAUCAGGGUUAAACAUGAAGACCCUAAUGUUUACAAGUGGUGCAUCUUUGCAGGUGAGGGCCAUUCCACCUGGUAUUUUGGACAAGGUCCCCUGGUUCUACUGCUGCACCACAUGCGGCAAAGUGUUUUGGGAAGGUUCCCACUUUCGUCGUGUGCUAUCUCAGUUCCAGGAGGUGCUGCACAUCACAAAUGAUUCAACACAUUUCCAAGUUUAAUCUUUCUUCAUUUUGCACAAGCUGUUUAUUCUUAACUUGAAUGGCAGCCUUCAUCUUCCACAGAGAAAAUCGACCUUGUCAAAGCCCAGUUAUGGUGUUUCGGGAACAGCCCGGUCACCGCUAUUCCACAAGAACUGCAUCUUCUACAUGAAUCUGGUCAGAAACACAGCUCCGAGGACCUUCCACAUUUCUUCACAUCUCUUGGUGCAUCCAAUCAGAGCUUCCGUGCCUCACGCCUUCCCACCCUAGGCAUCCCCUUCUUCCUAUCUUGCCUCUGCCCUGUUCCCCUGUCCCACUGCCCCACUUUGCCCUGAUCCACUGAUACACUUCUUCCUGUCUCACUAAUCCCAACCCACUCAGUCCACCUGAACCACUCGGCAUCAUCCCCCUUAAACGAUCCACCUCGUUCCAUCAGUCCAACGGAGCCACUGAGCCACUCAUCACCCACUGACCGAACCUGCUCUGUCCCACUGACCCACUCCGCACAGUCCCAAACGACCCAACUUGCCUUAUCCCAUUGGCCGACAGCUCCCCAUGCCCCUGGCCCAACCUACCUUGUCCUGCUGACCCCUCCUCCCUAUCCUCUUGAGCCGGCCUGUUCCAGGUUGCCCAGCAAGCCGAUUCAUCAUUGUACCCAGUCCACCAGUGGAAACAUUCCCCUCCCCCACUCCC